AGCCCAACCUGCAACGCACUCUCGUUGUUAGAUUAGAAUACUAUUUAUUGCCUUCACCAAACCUUCUUUCCUUUGCCUUCCUCUGCCUUUCUGCCUGAUUCUUUGCCAUGAAUUUCUUUUCAUCUUCCCUCAUCGUCUUCCUCGUCGCAUCCCUCUCCGGUGCGGCUUUUGCUGGUCGAGACCUCGAUGGAGGCAUUAUCCGGUUGCCUUCGGAAGUUACGACGUUCUUCCGCCGAGGUCGCACGGAGGAGGGGAACCGAAACGCCGAGACCGAGGGAACGAAGUGGGCUGUUUUGAUCGCUGGUUCCAGCGGCUACUGGAAUUACAGGCACCAGUCGGAUGUUUGUCAUGCGUAUCAACUUCUGAGGAAAGGUGGCCUGAAAGAAGAAAAUAUUAUUGUGCUUAUGUACGAUGAUAUUGCUUUCAACGAAGAGAAUCCAAGGCCUGGAAUUAUCAUUAACAGUCCAGAUGGGGGUGAUGUUUAUAAAGGAGUUCCAAAGGAUUACACUGGUGAAGAUGUUACUGUUAAUAAUUUUUUCGCUGUUAUACUUGGAAAUAAGUCAGCUCUUACUGGUGGCAGUGGGAAGGUUGUGGAUAGUGGUCCCAAUGACCAUAUAUUUAUAUACUACACCGAUCAUGGUGGCCCAGGAGUGCUUGGGAUGCCUACUAGUCCUUACUUAUAUGCAAAUGAUCUUAUUGAAGUUUUGAAAAAGAAGCAUGCUUCUGGAGGGUAUAAAAGCCUAGUAUUUUACCUCGAGGCUUGUGAAUCUGGGAGUAUCUUUGAAGGUCUUCUUCCUGAAGGUUUGAAUAUUUAUGCUACAACAGCUUCAAAUGCAGAUGAAAGCAGUUGGGGAACUUACUGCCCUGGGGAGUAUCCUAGUCCUCCCCCAGAAUAUGAAACUUGCUUAGGUGACCUGUACAGUGUUGCCUGGAUGGAAGACAGUGACAUUCACAAUUUGCGAACGGAAACAUUGCAUCAACAGUAUGAACUGGUUAAAAGAAGGACAAUGAAUGGAAAUUCCGUCUACGGCUCUCACGUGAUGCAAUAUGGGGAUGUAGGGAUUAGCAAGAAUAAUCUCGUACUGUAUUUGGGAACUAACCCUGCUAAUGAUAAUUUCACUUUCGUGGAUGAAAACUCCUUGAGGCCACCUACAAAAGCAGUCAACCAACGUGAUGCUGAUCUCAUCCAUUUUUGGGAUAAGUACCGCAAAGCUCCUGAGGGUUCUCCUAGGAAAGUUGAAGCUCAGAAACAAGUUGUGGAAGCUAUGUCUCACAGAAUGCAUUUAGACAACAGCGUGAAACUUAUUGGAAAGCUGUUAUUUGGCAUUGAGAAGGGUCCAGAAGUGCUCAACACUCCUCGAUCUGCUGGGCAACCACUUGUUGAUGACUGGAACUGCUUGAAAAUGAUGGUCAGGACAUUUGAGACAUAUUGUGGAUCCCUGUCCCAGUAUGGGAUGAAGCACAUGAGGUCUUUUGCAAACAUCUGUAACGCAGGAAUACAGAAUGAGCAAAUGGCGGAGGCCUCGGCACAGGCAUGCGUCAGUGUUCCCUCCACUCCCUGGAGUUCUCUGCACAAGGGUUUCAGUGCAUAAUGCAGAAUCAAGGAUAAGGUCCUUCGAAGUCGAAAGUGUGAUGUGAUAACAGUAAGGCCACGUGUGGUUGAACGGAAAUACCAAUGGGAAUGGAAAGAGUCAUGUAUUCUUAUGACCAUUUGUUUGAAAUGCAAGACUCUGAUUCCUGCGCCAAAUCUUUAGGAUUUGUUUGCUUGGAGAGUGAAGGGGAUAAUUUUAUGUUAUGUUUAGAUGUAUUUGAAUUUAAAUUUGAAUUUGUAUCAAAUUUAUUAUUUUGAUCAAUGAAAAUUCAUGGAUUUGACCAUUGUUAAAUAUAA